AUGUUUUCCCAAUCGUGUGUAAGACGGUUUUCUACCACUAGAAAUGUUGGUAAGAAGUUGAACAAAUAUUCUAAUAUUAUUACUGGUCCUAAAGACCAAGGUGCAUCACAAGCUAUGCUUUAUGCUACUGGUUUCAAGGAUGAGGACUUUUCCAAGGCCCAGGUUGGUGUUGGUUCUUGUUGGUGGUCAGGUAAUCCUUGUAACAUGCAUCUAAUGGAUUUCAACAAUAGAAUCACAGCAUCUGUUAACAAGGCUGGUUUGAAGGGUAUGCAAUUCAAUACCAUUGGUGUUUCUGAUGGUAUAUCUAUGGGUACCAAAGGUAUGAGAUACUCUUUGCAAUCCAGAGAAGUUAUUGCAGAUUCCUUUGAGACUAUUAUGAUGGCUCAACACUACGACGCCAAUAUUGCUAUUCCAUCAUGCGAUAAGAAUAUGCCUGGUGUGUUAAUGGCAAUGGGUAGACACAACAGACCUUCUAUUAUGGUUUACGGUGGUACCAUCCUACCAGGUUCUCCUACUUGUGGAUCUGCUAAAAUUCCUGAAAAGAUCGACGUUGUUUCUGCAUUCCAAUCUUAUGGACAAUAUCUUUCUAAGGAAUUCAAUGAAACCGAGAGAUUGGAUGUUGUCCAACAUUCUUGUCCAGGUCCUGGUUCUUGCGGUGGUAUGUAUACCGCAAACACUAUGGCUUCUGUAGCGGAGGUUUUGGGUAUGACCUUACCAAACUCGUCUUCUUUCCCAGCUGUAUCUCAAGAGAAGCUAGCAGAAUGUGAUUCCAUUGGGGAGGCAAUUAAGAAGACAAUGGAAUUAGGCAUUACCCCACGUGAUGUCAUGACAAAGGAGGCAUUUGAAAAUGCAAUUACCUAUGUUGUUGCAACUGGUGGUUCUACAAACGCUGUUCUUCAUAUGGUAGCAGUGGCUUACUCCGCUGGUGUUAAGAUUACCCCAGACGAUUUCCAAAGAAUCAGUGACAAGACACCUUUGUUAGGUGAUUUCAAGCCUUCUGGUAAAUAUGUGAUGGCGGACUUGAUCAAGAUUGGUGGUACUCAAGCAGUCAUCAAAUAUUUGUAUGAAGAAGGUCUUCUCCACGGUAACACCAUGACUAUUUCUGGUGAAACCUUGGCCGAAAGAGCUGCUAAGGCUCCAGCCUUAGCUGAUGGUCAAGAUAUCAUUCGUCCACUAAGUAAUCCAAUCAAGCCAAAUGGUCACUUGCAAAUUCUAUACGGUUCCUUAGCCCCAGGUGGGUCCGUCGGAAAAAUUACCGGUAAGGAAGGUACUUAUUUCAAGGGUAAGGCUAGAGUGUUUGACGACGAACCAAGCUUUAUUUCAGCCUUAGAAAAAGGUGAAAUCAAGAAAGGUGAGAAGACGGUUGUUAUAAUUAGAUACGAAGGUCCAAAGGGUGGUCCAGGUAUGCCAGAGAUGUUGAAACCAUCUUCAGCUUUGAUGGGUUACGGUUUAGGUAAGGAUGUUGCCUUAUUGACCGACGGUAGAUUCUCUGGUGGUUCUCAUGGUUUCUUGAUCGGCCAUAUUGUUCCAGAAGCCGCCGAAGGUGGUCCAAUUGGUUUGGUUUAUGAUGGCGACGAAAUUAUCAUCGAUGCUGAUAACAAUAAAAUUGAUCUUUUAGUCUCCGAAGAAACCUUAGCAGAGCGUAGAAGCAAAUGGACUGCUCCAGCUCCUCGUUACACUAGAGGUUGUUUGUCAAAGUAUGCUAAACUUGUCUCUGAUGCCUCUCAUGGAUGUGUUACCGACUUGAACUAA